AAACAUUUCUCUGUAAAGAAGUACUAGUUGAUGUAAUAUAUUUAACCUUUUACGUAAAAUAAAAUAAAGUUUCAUCGUGGAAAGUGGAAACACUGACGAGUGAGGAGUCUUGGUCGUCAACUAGGAGAUUGAGAUUCCUUUGAAGAAGAUUGAAGAGAAAGAAGUGGUUUUCGUUGAUAACAGAAAGUCCUUCAAAACAAAAAUUCCUUUUCGCGAUCGGCGAUGAAUACGGCGGGGAAAGAAGAUUUGGGAACGGCGGAUACGGCUGAGGCUCAGUACGUGAUGGCGAAGACCUCAGUAUGGUGGGAUAUAGAGAAUUGUCAAGUCCCUAAGGGUCUUGAUGCACAUGGGAUUGCUCAGAAUAUUAGUUCGGCGCUUAAGAAAAUGAACUAUUGUGGUCGGGUCUCAAUCUCCGCUUAUGGUGAUACGAGUGGUAUCCCUCAUGUCAUCCAACAUGCUCUUAAUUCCACCGGAAUCGAGCUCCACCAUGUCCCGGCCGGGGUGAAAGAUGCGAGUGACAAGAAGAUUCUAGUGGACAUGUUGUUUUGGGCAUUUGACAAUCCUGCGCCUUCAAAUAUUAUGUUAAUUUCAGGAGAUAGAGACUUUUCCAAUGCUCUUCACAAAUUGAGUCUGAGACGGUACAAUAUUCUCUUAGCACACCCUCCUAAAGCAUCAGCGCCGCUAAGUCAAGCUGCAACAACAGUAUGGCUUUGGACAAGUCUAUUAGCCGGAGGAAACCCUCUCAUACGAGGCAAAGUUAAAACCUCACAACUUGUUGCCAAUGCGUCAACUUCUAGUAAUGUCAUGAGUAGUCCUCCUCACAAUCAGUUUCCUGAUCCUCCUAGAUCAGGUCCUUUGCAUGCUCGUCAGCCUUACCUAAACCCUGAUCCUUUUGUGAAUAACAGAGAUCCCAAUGCUGCCAGACCAGGACCUUCUAAUAUGCGGCCACUUUGUCCUAAUGCUAUCCGUCGUCAUCGCCAAGAGAAGCUGGAACGCGCUCUCCCUCUACUGAUUUUAUUGGUCUUUAUGUUUAUGAUACUUGCAACUGUGAACUCAAAUUAAAUGCUGCAUGCACCAUUUUCAUAAUAAUGAGCUGUUUUUGGCUGUUGCCGUGAAGAUGAUUUGCUUGGAGCUGCAGACUACGGAGAACUUAAUCAACUCAGAAGUUAAAUGCUGCAGCCACUAUGUCUUUCUCUUUAUUGAUUCUUUUCUUUCUCAGCUUGUGUUUUCGAGCUUAGUUGUGUGAGUAUUUACCCUGAUGUGAUUAUACGCAAUUACGCAUUGUUUUAUCUCCAUGGGAGAAAUCACGAUUUUGAAUUCCGACGAAUGAUUUUAUUGUUAUAUAUUUUUAUAUAAUUUGUUUAAUAUUUA